AUGUCGGAUGUAUUUAGUGAAAUCGAUUUAAGUGACAAUGCAGCACCGACUGAAUUCGUUGAAUCACCGGCAAAUCUUCGAGCACGCCGAAAGAACUUCUCGUUAGCAUCGAAACAUAUCUCCAACUCCCCAUCGCCGACAAAUCAAAUUAACAAUACAUCAAUAUAUCGCAAUAACUCAUUUCAUGAUUUACUUUCACCAGCCCCGCCGCCACCUCUUUCGAUUCUUGACAGUAGUAGUAGUUCACUAUCGAUAUCUUUUACUACUCCGACAAUAUCAACCCGUUAUCUACCUUCGCCAUCAUCUUCACCAUUACCAAUGGGAAUCUCGACAGAUUCAUCAUCGUCAUCAUUGUCACCAAAGAAUUUACUACGUUCAGCUGGCUCAACUGAUUUAAUCAAACGAACUUUUAAUUUUUCAAUUUCCAAACAAGAUUCAAUCAUCGACUCACUCCUGUGUGCCAUUUACGAACGCGAUAGUAGCACUUACGGAUUAUCAUCAUCGCAAGACAGCGAUACGGUAACGACAGGUGAUUUUACUGAUCAAUCGUUGAAUACACGCCGAUUAAGUGAUGAUUCCAUUCUCAAUCAUGAUGAUGUCGGAUUUACCAAAACAAAUCUAACGAAUAAAAACAUACAAGAUUUGCGUUAUUUAUGCUCACAACUUCAACAACAAAUUAGUCAAGCCAAUGCAUUGCUCGUGAAAAAUCUUCGUCAUCGUGAUAAAAGUCUUUCGAAAUUACAUCGAAAUUGUGAUAUCAUUACUGCGAUUUUACAAGCUUCAUCUUUAAAACGACGUGAAGAUACAACGAUGCGCUUCUCGCUAACGCCAUGUUCAGGCGAAAAGGGCUUUCAACAAUGGAAGGAUGCGAUAUCGCUCGCUAUUCGAAUGCCAGGCGGAAUACCAGCAUCAAUUCGUCAGAAGCUUUGGAUAUCGUUAGCAAUGCAUUAUAUCCAAGAAAUUCACCUUGAUUGGGAUAAAACAUGUCGCUUUGCGUUUAACAAUUGCUCAAAUCCCGAUGAUGAUCAACUCGGUAUUCAAAUCGUUAAAGAUUUGCAUAGAACUGGUUGUAGUUGGUCAUCGAAUGAACACGAUCGUGCGACAUUGAAACGUGUCUUACUUGCCUUUGCACGUUACAAUAAAUCAAUCGGUUACUGUCAAGGUUUAAAUAUUCUAGCAGGUGUCAUACUCGACGUUGUCCAAAUGAAUGAAGAAUACGCGUUGAUGAUACUGAUCUACUUGGUCGACAGUAUCUUGCCGAAUUUCUUUGAGAAUAAUUUGCGUGCACUGGCAAUCGAUAUGGCAGUCUUUCGUGAAUGGCUGAGAAUUUACAAUACUAAAUUACAUUCGCAUUUGCUAAAGCUUCAGUCAGCAUCACAUGAUGGAUCUGGAACAGUUUAUGAGCCGCCACUAUUGAAUGUUUUUACAAUCCAAUGGUUUCUAACGUUAUUUGCAACAUGUUUAUCACGACGAGCUGCUUUACGCGUGUGGGAUGCAUUGAUGAUCGAAGGAAAUGAAGUUUUAUUUCGCACCGGUCUUGUACUCUGGUCGAGGUUGUCUGCUUCGGUUUUAAAAGUGUCUUCAGCUGAUCAGUUCUAUUCAGUGAUGGCACAGCUAUCCGUACAACUGUUGAACGAAAAGAUUAUUGAUGCAGAUACCCUGAUAAAAGAAAUUUACAAUUUCGGCGCGUUUCCAACACCGAUUCUUCCGGACUUACGUCAAAAGUUUUCGUUUAAUAUCACACCAUUUCAACAGUUAGCAACACCAGCUGCAGCGAUGUCGAAUUCAACAGAGGACAGCAAAUCGAAACGAGUUGUUGGACGAACCAAUAGUGACGACAUGAAAUCGAAAGAAAAUAAACGAUCGAAGGGAAAGGUUAAUUCAGCUAACGAUGACGAAACCAAUGCAACAGCUGAAGAAGAUAUGGCUAAUUUUAUGUCAUGCUUUGCAGUAUUAUCUGCUCCUUCACGUAGUAACCGACUGGAAUACCAUGCGAAUGAUUCAAUCACAAGUCAUAAUAAUAAUAAUCACCAAACAGCACUUUCACGUUUGACGCCCGGAGCUUAUUCGAACUUGCCAACGACACACAAAACGAAGACAAUUGAAGAUUCAUUAUCACUUGACAUCAGUCAACUACGACAGCAGUAUAAAAAAUUGAAAGAACGUAAUAAACAAGUGCAAGUCAUGAUUCAAGCUUCAAAUGAGCAAAAACAACGAGCACGCGCACCGUCUAUUUAUCCGUCAUCUCCAUUGAGCAAUGCGGACAAUUUUCGUCGUACAACAAUAUCGUCAUUUGAAUGUUCUUCGUCGAAAACACCAGCAACUGUUUGUUCGAUCGCUGGUGGACCAUUGGUAAAUCAUCUGUUAAUCAAACCGACGGAUAUUAAACGAAACCAAUUCAAGAGAACCGUGUCACUAAAAUCUUCUUCGACAUCAUCACCACCAUCGUCAACCCCAGUGAAUGAUCGACAAUCAAAAGUAGAUACACCAUCAACGUCCACACCAAGUCCUCAGAAAGUAUCUCAACGUUCUACGGAAGAAGAAGCUGCGGAAGCAGCUGAAUUACGAGAAGAGAUCGAUCAGCUUUUAACUAGUCUCAAUCUUGAAAAGCCAUCGGUACCAUUACCAUCCAUAGAACCAACUGAACAACUACAGGAACAACAAUCACAGCAGCAGCAAAUGACAAUCGAAGAAAAUGUGCAUCUAGAAACUGUUGCACGAACGCUUUACGAUUUAGAAAAAACUCAAGUAACAACGAAAGAGAAAAAAGAAUCACCAAAUCUCAUCGAACGUCUGUUGACUUCCCGAUCGGUUCAAAUUCCAAAAUAUUCAUCAUUCAAUCCAUUUCCUUCUCGAUCGUUCAAUGAAAACGUUGCUGUCAACGGCUAUAAACUUGGUUUAUAUGCGCCCGAUCCAUCAAAUCGUUAG